UCGGCUUCUUACUGGUGAGAGUUGGCAAAACCAUGUCAUAAGCAAUGACUCCGCUUCCCCACUAUACAUACAAGAAUAGAUUCAGUCAUUUACCGUCGCCCAAAUCUAUAAUUUUUCCCACAGAGUCUUUGCUCGAAAACCUCGCGUGGAUUUACGAUCAAACAAUUUUACAAGAUGAGGCUUCCAGUUGCAGCAGUGGCUCUGAUGGUAAUUUUAGGCAGUUUUGGUGGGGCUUUUGGUAUUAGAUUUGUUAUAGAUAGAGAAGAGUGCUUUUCUCACAAGGUGGAGUAUGGGAAUACCGUUCAUUUCUCAUUUGUGGUGAUUAAAUCUGAGGGGUCAUGGCAUUACAGUGAAGAUGGUGUAGACCUUGUGGUUAAGGGACCAAAUGAUGAACAGGUCCAUGACAUCCGCGACAAGACAAGUGACAAGCAUGAAUUUGUGGCUUAUCAUCAAGGAAUUUACCGGUUCUGUUUCACCAAUAAGUCCCCGUAUCAUGAAACUAUAGACUUUGAUGUGCAUGCUGGUCAUUUCCUGUACCAUGACGAGCAUGCUAAAGACGAGCAUUUCAAACCUCUUUUUGAGCAUAUUGGGAAACUAGAGGAAGCAUUGUACAAUAUUCAGUUCGAGCAGCAUUGGCUGGAGGCUCAAACUGAUCGUCAGGCUAUAGGUAAUUUGGUCACACUGAGGCUCUUUUUAGCAAACGCUUACAAUUUGUACAAUUUAGUUGAAAGAUGCAAACAUCAGUUUUAUUCAUUCAUAGUGGCCAUAAUGCAGAGGAAGUGUGACUAUGUUGGUUUGUUUUUGGUUUCAGUGAAUGAGAGAAUGAGCAGAGGAGCAAUUCACAAAGCGUUGUUCGAAUCAGCUGCUCUGGUUUUGGCCAGCGGUCUGCAAGUAUACAUUUUGCGCCGGUUAUUUGAGAGAAAGCUUGGUGCAUCAAGAGUUUGAUCGUGUACUUUACUAGUGUGCAAAAUUGUCGAAUUUUUAAGCUCCACUUCUUAUUAACUUAAAUCUCACAUUAUCACAUAUACUUAGCUACAGCUUCUCUCGGAAUUAGUUAAUGCUAAUGUAUUCUAAUUUUUGGUGCAAUAUAUGGGUUUUGUGUA